AUGGACGAUUCAAUCAUGGACGACUCGGUCUUCGACAUUGACAGCGAUGGGGGUAGCUCUGACUUUGCCCCAGAAGUCGCGCCGAAGGCCAAGGCUCCUCCCAAGAAGGCGCCUGCUGCCAAAUCUGCGCCCAAGAAAACAACUCAAACAACCCUCAAGAAGACCGCUGCUAAGGCUGCCCCGAAGAAGAAAGCUAAAGCCGAUAUUGAGGAUGAAGUAUCCGACGUUCAAAUUUCCGAUGACGAUUCCCUCUCCCAAACCCCUCCAAAGGCCAAAAAGCCUGCUGCCACAAAAAGAGCGGCCUCGAAGCCUCUUGCAGACGUGGAGAAUGAGUCUUUUGGAGGAGAUGCUCCCCCUGAUUCAAAGACUGGCAACGCCUCCGACAAGUACCAGAAACUUACACAACUUGAACACAUCAUCAAACGUCCCGACACGUAUAUCGGAUCCAUCGAAGCCACCACACAGAGUAUGUGGGUUUACAACUCUACCACAGAAAUGAUGGAGCACCGCCCUGUUACCUUCGUCCCGGGUCUCUACAAGAUCUUUGACGAGAUCAUGGUCAAUGCUGCCGAUAACAAACAUAAUGACAAGAACAUGAACGAGAUUCGGGUGACUAUCGAUCGUGAAGCAGGCGAGAUCAGCGUAUGGAAUAACGGACGUGGUAUCCCUAUCGAAAUCCAUGCAAAGGAAGGAAUCUAUGUCCCAGAACUUAUUUUCGGACAUCUUCUUACCUCGUCCAACUACGAUGAUACCCAAGAGAAGGUGACCGGUGGUCGCAACGGAUUUGGUGCCAAGCUUUGUAACGUAUUCUCCAACGAAUUCACUCUUGAAACCCAGGAUUCGCGUCAAAAGAAGAAGUACAAGCAGGUCUGGACAUCGAACAUGUCCAAGGUGGGCAAAGCGAAGAUCACGGACGGUAAGGGGGACGACUACACCAAAGUUACUUUUAAGCCCGACUUUGCCAGAUUUGGCAUGACUGGCAUUGAUGACGACUUUGAGGCUCUGGUCAAACGUCGUGUCUAUGAUUUGGCGGGUACCGCCGGCGUCACCCUGAAGCUCAAUGGAACGCGCAUUCCCAUCAGGAAUUUCAAACAAUACAUGCAGAUGUAUACCAAAGCGAUUCGGAUGGAGCGUGGCGAUGAUGGCCCGCCCGCCAAGGACGAAAUUCUCACUUGCAGCCCGGACCCGCGCUGGGAGAUUGGUUUUGCUGUCUCCGAUGGUGAUUUCCAGCAAGUCUCAUUCGUCAACUCCAUUGCUACUACUUCGGGUGGAUCUCAUGUGAACUACAUUACCGACCAGAUUUGUAACCGAUUAGCGGAUGCUGUCAAGAAGAAGAACAAGACCGGCGCCACACUGAAAACCGCUCAAAUUCGGAGCCACAUCUUUAUCUUCGUCAAUGCUCAGGUUGUGAACCCAGCCUUCACAUCGCAAACCAAAGAGCAGCUGACCACGAAACAUACACAGUUUGGCAGCAAGUGCAUCCUAGAAGAGGAAUUCUUCAAGAAAGUCCUCAAAACUGAGGUUAUGACCAACAUUCUGCAUUUCGCCGCCCAAAAAGCAGAUCAAAUUCUCAAGAAGGGUGACAGUGGCCGUCGCUCCCGCAUGACCAAUCCCAAAUUAGUCGAGGCCAACAAGGCGGGAACCAAAGAUGGGCACCAAUGCACCCUUAUCUUGACGGAAGGUGACUCGGCCAAGGGUCUAGCAAUGGCCGGACGUGCUGUUGUUGGGCCGGAUCUUUUUGGUGUUUUCCCCCUGCGUGGAAAGUUGCUCAACGUUCGAGAUGCGUCUUUUGACCAGAUAUCAAAGAACGCUGAAAUUCAAAACAUCAAGAAUUUCAUCGGAUUGCAACACAAAAAGGAAUAUACAGAGACCAAGGGUCUUCGUUAUGGUCAUCUUAUGAUCAUGACUGAUCAGGAUCAUGACGGCAGUCACAUUAAGGGUCUACUUAUCAACUUCCUUCAAGCGCAGUUCCCUAGUUUACUCAAGAUCCCCGAGUUCCUCAUUGAGUUCAUUACUCCCAUCAUCAAAGUCUGGAAGGGUGACCCGAAGAACCCUUCAAAGUCACAGGCGUUUUUCACCAUGCCCGAAUACGAAGCCUGGCUGGAAGUUCAUGGAAGCGAGCGUGGUUGGGAUCACAAGUACUACAAGGGUCUGGGUACCAGCUCUACGGACGAUGCCCAGGUUUACUUCCGAGACCUUGAUCGUCACUUGAAGGAAUUCCAUACGAUGCAAGACCACGAGGCAGAACUCAUUGACUUGGCGUUCUCAAAAAAGAAGGCAGAUGAGAGAAAGGAAUGGCUUCGUCAAUAUAAGCCUGGUACCUUCCUCGAUCACUCCGUAUCCAAGAUCUCUUACACCGAUUUCAUCAACAAAGAACUCAUUCUUUUCAGUAUGGCGGAUAACCAGCGCUCGAUUCCUUCCGUUGUUGAUGGCCUAAAACCUGGUCAGCGCAAGGUGCUGUACGCGUGCUUCCGACGUAAUUUGAAGAAAGACAUGAAGGUUGUGGAGCUGGCUGGUCUUGUCUCCGGUAUGACAGCCUACCAGCACGGUGAAACCUCGCUUCAGCAAACUAUUGUCGGUUUGGCUCAGACCUUCGUCGGCUCGAACAACAUCAACUGUCUCGAGCCCAGUGGAAACUUCGGUAGUCGACUUCAAGGCGGUGGCGACUGUGCCAGCGCUCGUUACAUCUACACUCGGUUGUCACCGUUUGCACGCAGAAUGUUCCACCCGGCUGACGACGCUCUGUUGACAUAUAAUAUGGAUGAUGGCAAAAAGAUUGAGCCCGAGACCUACAUGCCUGUUGUUCCCUUGGUUCUGAUCAACGGUACCGAUGGUAUUGGCACUGGUUGGAGUACUUCCAUCCCUAAUUACAACCCUGAGGAUGUUGUGAAAAAUCUCAAAGCCUUAAUGGAUGGUCAGCCCACCGUUCCUAUGCAACCUUGGUUCCGCGGCUUUACUGGCGAAGUUGUGUCCAUGGGUGGAGACCGUUUCAAGUUCAGUGGUACUAUCAAGGAGACUGGAGACAAGGAGGUUGAGAUCACCGAAUUGCCCAUCCGCACCUGGACUCAGGACUUCAAGGACAAGCUGGAAGAUAUCAUCAAGGCUGACAAAACGCCUUCGUUCAUCAAGGAUUACAAAGACUACAACACCCACAGCAAGGUUCAUUUCAUUAUUCAACUUGACGAGAAGAACAUGAAGGCCGCGCUCUCCGGCGAGGGCCUUGAAGAGAAGUUCAAGCUCACCAAGACCAUCGGCACCAGUAACAUGGUUGCAUUCGAUCCGGAAGGUCGCAUCACCAGAUAUGCUACAGUUGAUGACAUCCUCAAGGAGUUCUUCCAUGUUCGUCUCAAGUACUACGAGAAACGUAAGCAGUAUCAGCUGUCAGAGCUCCAGCGAGAAUUGGAGAAGCUCAGCAACCAGGCCCGCUUCGUGCAGAUGAUUAUUGAUGGCAAGUUGGUCAUUUCUAAGAAGAAGAAGCCUGUUCUUAUCGCCGAGUUGAAAGAGAAAGGAUUUAAACCCUUCCCUAAGACCAUCGAAGCCAAGAAGAUGGGCGAGGAGGAAGAGGUUGUCGAAGAAAAUGAAGAAGGCGAUGAUGCGGAGGUCGAAAACUUGUCAAGCGCCUUUGAUUAUCUUCUCGGCAUGGCCCUAUGGUCUCUGACCCAAGAGCGCGUCGAAAAACUCCGCCGCCAGAUUGGUGACCGCGAGACCGAGAUCGAUGCCUUGAUCAAGCUCUCCAAGGAGGACAUUUGGCGGAAGGAUCUCGAUGAAUUCAUUGAUGAAUGGCGCUUCCAGCUCGAAGAUGAGGACCGUCGUGCACGCAAAGCACUGCUACAGGGCCGUCGCGCUUCUUCAAAGCUUAUGACUGGCGGAGGCCGUGCUGCAACCUCACGCAAACGUAAGGUUGCCAACGGUGAUGACCCAGACGAUGAAGAUUUUGGCGGACCCAAGGCCAAGAAGGCAGCGGCAGCCAAGAAGAAGAAGGAACCAGCAGCACCUAAGACGAACAGCCUUGCUAAUUUCCUCAACCAAUCGUCAAGCAAGCCAACUCCUCCAUCGGGUGAUGGAGCCACCAACUCAGAUGAUGACUUUGACUUUGAACUGGAAACUCUUCCCAAAAAGGGCCGCGGUGCAUCAGCAAAAUCCAAGCCCGCUCCCCAACCCAAGGACGAAGAUGAUAUCUUUGACAUUGAGCUAGAGACUCUCCCCAAGAAGAGUCGGGCUGCGUCGACAAAGCCUAAGGAUGAAGAUGGAGACGUGGAUAUGGAAAUCGACCAGGCGCCAGCAAACACCGCUUCGCCUGCUGACGACAUUUUCAAUGUCGACAGCGAGCCCGAAGAAUCUGCCCCGAAGCCAAAGCCUGUCGCAAGGAAGCGAGCACCCAAGGCUAGACCAAAGGUAGAGGACUCAGACGAUGACUUCCUUGAGAUUGCAAAUGAAUCCCCAAAACAGACCUCGCAGUCAAGCCGUGCCCGCAAACCUGUGAGUUAUGAUGUCCCCAGCGACUCUGACAGUGACAAUGGGGACGACCUUCUUGGAGAUGUCAGCCAAAUGGUGAAGGGCAUUGGCGGUGGCGAUUCGGAUUCUCGACAGCUUUUCUCUGAGCGCUCCCGUGCCGGAAGUAGCGCUAGCCUGAUGGCUCCCGCUAAACAAUCCAAGAUCAGCGAUUUCGAUGUGGACGAGACCGAUUACAGCAAGCUCAUCCCUCAGAAAUCACCCCGGCGUUCACCGAUACAAGUCAACAAGUCCAGAGGUGUUUCUCGUAUCGAGGAUGACGAAGAAGAGAAGGAAGAGGAAGAAGUGGGGGAGGAAGAUGAGGAAGAUGAAACACCAGUCAAGCCUGCUGCUCGAGGCAAGGCCGCUUCCAAAGCCAAGGCCGCUCCCAAGCCCAAGGCCGCUCCUAAGCCUAAGGCUGCUCCUAAGCCUAAAGCUCCCCCCAAGCCCAAGGCCGCUCCCAAGCCAAAGGCUGCUGCUGCCUCUGCAUCGAAGGCGAAGAAACAGGCUGAGGCUGAUCACUCUGAGGAUGAUAUUGAUGCCAUAGCCAACGACAUCUUGGACUCUCCUGCCGGAAAGGCAGAUGCCUCGGAUGAUGAGUCUCCUGCUCCUCGCCGUGCUGCUGCUGCCGCCCGUCCUUCCCGUCGCGCCCAACCCAAGAAGAGCUAUGUCAUCGAGGAUGAUAGUGAAGACAAUGAUGACUCAGUUGAUGAUUUCGAGGAGGAUGAUAGCGAGUAG